GGUUAAAGUCAGCAGGGAGAUGCUGAUUCUGAAUCAGGUGCAGAUAUUGUACCGUUUGGUCCGAUCAGUUAAUCAGGCCUGUUUUCUGAGAGCCACGUGACUUCUUGUCAGCGUUGUCAUGACGACAGUCAGGCAGCGCUGUUCAUUGUGGUUCCUUUUCCGGACAAAGGAGGAAAUGAAUGAAAUGGCAGAAAAUGGCAGAGCUGUGGAGCCCAAAGAAAAGCCCACUUUAGACCCCACUGAUGUGGCGCAGCUUCCAGAGAGCACAAACUGUCUGACAUGCUCAGAGGAUGGCAGAUUCCUGGGUUUGGGUCACAGCCAGGGCCUGUCUGUGUGGUCUGCGUCUAAUUUCACCUGCGUGGCAGAAUGGCUUCAACCACAGCUGGAGAUCACCUUUGUCCAAAUGACCAGAGUAGCUGAGAAUACCUAUCUGCUGGGAACAGUGGAUGAUAUGGGUGUUUCCAGAGUGUUUGGACUUUGCUUUGUUGUCAUUCACCUUCUCAGCACCAUCAACAUCAUGGAAGAUAUCAAUAUAAGAAGCAUUUUUAGGACAUUUGAGUUUCAUGAAGAUGGGGAGUACGGAGCUGCAUCAGUAAGCUGUAAGUUAUUGGUUUUCAUCAUGUUCACAAAUUCUGUUAUAUCUCUACAUUUAAAUGCUAAAUCAGACAUAUUUGCAGACAGCGAUGCAGUGUGGCUAGAGGUCUAUCAGUUUCCUAUAGAAGCGUGGCAGAGAGAGCUGCAGAUGGAGCCAGCUCAACCAAAGGAUGAAAGCUUCUCUGAAGGAUCGGAUGUUAAAUGGUCUCCAGUCACACUAAUCCUAAAGAUCUCUCCACCCACUGUUCCAACAGAAAACAUGUGUGACUUUUUGACACAAUGUUUGGCUCUGGAUAUGAUCAGAGGAAGUGGCCAUCAGAAGGAGCAAUCUUCCUUCUGUUCAGAGGAUGGAAAAACAAAGAAAGCGUGCAAAAGCCCAAGUUGCACUCAUCACUUUCUCCUGCCUUGUGAUAAGUUGACUAGUGGCAGUGAAGCAGGGACAGGAUUGCCUGUGGCUGUUGCUGUUUGGUGGAGCGGAUCCUGUAAUCUCCUCCAAUAUUCACUGCAAAAUGUCCCAAAGGACAAACCAGAUGUGACACCUAUGCCAGAAAUGUUGUUGCCAAAUGCAAAGGAUAUCCUCUGCUCAGCCGUCAGCCGAUGCACAUGUUACAUAGCUCUGGGGUUUGAGGAUGCUCUGGUGUCUAUCUGGGACAGGCGAUCUGGAGCGCCACUCUCCAUCCUUGUGGUACCUGAAGAAACCAGCCCCAUAACUAGGGUGCAGUUUUUGAAGAACUGCUCUGUAGCUGCUCAGGAUUGUCAGAUUGUAGCUGCUGAUCCAGUCAGCCUGUUGUUGUUGUGUAAAAAUGGAGCAUUUUACACAGUGACUACAGGACCAGGCAUUCACUCCUGCACCAAGCAGCUCAUUGAAAGGCUGAAAGACAGCAGAGGUCUCCCGACUGUUACAACGAUUGUGCCUUUCCUGCAGGGUGUGUCACUCGUUGUGCAGAGAAGUGGCAAAAUGUCCCUGAAAGAUGUCAUCAACAGAGACACUGUGUGCAACCUGACUCUUCCAACAUCCUUUCAAAUCGCCUCUCCCUACAGUCCUGUUUACGUGCUGAAUGUCAAACAGCAAGCACUGUUCAUACGAGGUGACCCACAAACCAGCAGCAGUGAUUUGUCUCAGAGGGGGAACCAGAGUCAGCUCUUUGUCUUCCGGUUCAAUCAAUCUGACAUCGUUAAGCCUCUCAUUGUUUCGCAUCAAGACCCUCCCAGACAACAAACACUGGAGGAAAUCUGCAACCUCUACCUUGAGCAAAGAUCCCAUUCAGCGGAUGAAAGGAACAAAGCUCUGGCACAAACAUGGGGAAAGCUGCAGGAAACUGCUGCAGCAAUGGAGCAACAGAGAUCUGAAGAAUUUCAUCCACUGAGCUACUAAAAGGAUACAAAUAAUAAUAUGUGAUACUUUUAUUUCUUAAAACAAAAUAUUGUUUCUCUGUUUAAAAUAAAUACCAAGUAAGGGAGCCUUUCACACUCAAUGCAUUUCAUUUACAGUUAUUAACAUGUUAGCAUUUACAAAACAGAUUUUAUUAUAACCUUCCCUGUAAGAAUAAACCACUUGAAUCUUCCUCUUAUUCUGAAUCUUUAAAUGUUCCAUCUACCCUUCAUUAUAAGCUGCUUUCAGGACUGGACUGUUGGAUUUCACUGUCUAUAAUCAGAAAGCUGCUUUUCAGAGAGGAUGCCUUGGCUUUCAUAUGACUGUCAUUAGCUUUUCCUGACUCAGCCGCCUGAACUCUUUUCGUAAUGACAAAGAAUUGGCAGGAGAAUAUAAAGAUCCACUUAUAACGGUGGUGUUUUCCACAUCCGCUGCGGAGGCAGCGUUGCCGUAAUACCUUCGUAGCCCCUUCCUGAAGUGGAUGGUGAACAGUCCGUAGAUCACUGGGUCCAGGCAGGCGUUCACCAGCCCGAAGAUAAACAGGAUGUGGGCCAGAGAGUGGGACACCUUAUCCUCCAGAUCAUCAGGACAGAACCAGUACCAGAGGCCCAGCAGGUAGUACGGAGUCCAGCAGAUGAUGAAGGACAAGACGAUCACAACACUCAUUUUUAAGGUUCUGAUCCGGGCUCUGGGGAUGUUGUUUUUAGAGCACCUCAGGCGUAGCUCAUUGGUGGAGACUGGGAACAGCCAGAGAGAGAAAGCAGAAGAGUCAGUAUAAGACUGGUGAACUGAGCUUAGAGCCGGUUAACAACAUCCAGGAUGGAUUAAUCCAGGGUUUUUAUCUCAGGAGUGGUGUAGAUUUUUUUUUUUUAUG